GGCAGAAGGACUUGCGGCGGGUCCGCUUCGGCCGGCGCUCUGGCCUGGUCUACCCCAGCGGCUGACUGAGCGCUCAGUGCGGCACCAUGGGGAAGCGGGACAAUAGGGUGGCCUAUAUGAACCCAAUAGCAAUGGCCAGAUCAAGGGGUCCAGUCCAGUCUUCAGGUCCAACGAUCCAAGAUUAUCUGAAUCGACCAAGGCCUACCUGGGAAGAAGUGAAAGAACAACUAGAAAAGAAAAAGAAAGGCUCCAAGGCAUUGGCUGAAUUUGAAGAAAAAAUGAAUGAGAACUGGAAGAAAGAACUAGAAAAACACAGGGAGAAAUUAUUAAGUGGAAGUGAGAGCUCAUCCAGAAAAAGACAGAGAAAGAAAAAAGAAAAGAAGAAAUCUGGUAGGUAUUCAUCUUCUUCAUCAAGCUCUGAUUCUUCCAGCAGUUCUUCAGAUUCUGAAGAUGAGGAUAAGAGACAAGGAAAAAGAAAAAAGAAAAAGAAGAGCCGUUCACAUAAAUCUUCUGAAAGUUCCAUGUCAGAAACUGAAUCAGACAGUAAGGAUAGUUUAAAAAAGAAAAAGAAGUCAAAGGAUGCAACUGAGAAAGAAAAGGACAUUAAAGGACUCAGCAAAAAAAGAAAGAUGUAUCCUGAAGAUAAACCUUUAUCAUCUGAGUCCCUGUCAGAAUCAGAUUAUACUGAGGAGGCAUUCCCCCUUGAGGGUGGAUAUUACCUACAUAUUACAAAGACGAUGAAACUGAGGGUAAUACAUAGCAGAGAUACGAGCAAAAAAGAAGAAAAGCAGUGAAGAACGAGAAAAAACAACAGAAAAAACAAAAAAGAAAAAGAAGCAUAAGAAACACAGUAAGAAGAAGAAAAAGAAGGCUGCUAGUUCAAGUCCUGACUCACCAUAACAUUAAGAAGAAUCAGGAUUCACUUAUAAAGAAAGUGCAAUGUCUAAGGAAAUUUCAACUGUGAAAAUUAUGACAUAUUUACUAAAAUGCAUGAAUUUUCUUGUUUUUAGAAUUAUUCCUGGACUAUCAGUAGCCACUCAGAUGCCGCUGUGUGAAAGGGCCAUAACUGUUGCCUGCUGCUUGAACAUCUGUUUUUUUCUCUUCCAGUGCUUAAUAACUUGGAGAUAACACACCGCAGUCAUACUAGUGGUUAAGAUAUUUGGGAAUAAAGUUAAUAUUUUUGACUAGGAGUAUCUAAUGAUAAAUCAACAGAAACUGAAUCUGGAUACAUCAUUAAGAUGUAAUCAGAGAUGACCAGAUGACUCUAGUUAACAUUUUUGAAGUAGGGAUUACGUUGAUGUUUCAAAAUCCUUACUCUGUAGAUAAGCGUAUUUUAAUUUUUUCCCCUUGUAUACUUUUGUUUACCUGGGGAAGGAGCUUUUAGGGGUGGGGGUGGGGUUUGAUAUCACUUCAGCUAGCAGAAUAGCGUGCCUUUAUCCUCACACAUCUUAUUUUUGUGGACACAGUAGCCAUGCUUCAUGGGGAGGUCAGGGCCGGGUAUGGCAGUCUUGCCCUUUACUGAGCUUAGUGACAUCCUUGGACUCUGUCAUAUGCUACUUUGAGUGAACCAGAGAAAUAGCCUUUUGCAGCAUGAGAAUGCCCCAAAAGCUCUGGGAUUUACCUCCACUUCAAUAAUACUGAAUGUUUUUUAGCAUUAGAAUGUGUUAUAACAUUUGAACUAAUUUUGACUACACUUUGGCUUUGAAAAGGAAUCAUUUCAAAUGACACUGGUACUUUUUGAACUUGAUAGCUAAAGAUUCUAAAAUGCAUGUUUUAUACUGUUAGGUUUUAACCAGUCAGGAAAAUUUUAUGUAAUCAGUGAUAGUUCCUUUAUUUUUUGUAUGAGUUUUGUUUAGGCUGUAAUGUUUAGCUUUUUAUUAACUCCUUAUUCUUGCUAUUAUAAAUUCCUUACUGUGUUUAACAGCAUACUUGCCAAGAUAUUUAGCAUGUAAAAAGCAGGUUUUUUAUUUCUUUUUUUUUAACAGCUUCAUAUUGAAGCUGAGACUUAACCAUAAAUAAGUUGAGUGACAGGCCUGGUAUGCUGUGUCUUGUUACACAAAACUAUUCCCAGAAUCUUAGUAAAUAUAACGUUUUAAAGGUUUGUCUUUGUAUAUUCACAAUGGAUUAUGACAAGUUAAAUUUAAGUGAGAAUUACAUAUUUGCUUUUCCUGUGUCAUAUUUUACUAAGAUUUUGUGCCUCAUGUCUCCUGCUGAAUUGUUUACUAGUAAUGUUAAAAAGAAUUGAUAAAUCAUUUUCACUUUACAUUUUUAUAUAAUCAGGUAACAUGAAAUAUAAUUUGAUGUACAAUUUUGCGUGUUACAGAGGGUGUGCUAAUUAUAGUGGUAUAUGCACAAAACAUUUUGGCAUGACAAGCUGAAUAAAUAGCUAUUUUACUUAAAAAUAGCUGUGUUCUUAUCAGCUCCCUUUGAGUCGCAAGUUUUAAAGAUUAAGGAACACUACCAGGUGUUAAGUGCUAGGUGGAUAAGUCAUGUCCCCAAGUUUUUAGCCAUAAAAUAUAAUACAUUUCUUGGUAAAUUUUCCUAAAUUUUAUGCUUAAAGCUUCAUAAUCUUUCCUAAUAAAAGAAAUCUAUAAGCUCUUGA